UUUGUGAGUUGUCAAAAACGUCAAAUUAGUUUGCGAUUUAAAUUUUCGUUUUUUUUUACUUUUCGGGUCUAAAUUAUUGUUAAAAAGCCCAAAAUGCGGUUCCCGUAUAUAAUAAAUCAAAAUACCAAUAUAGAAUACACUCCGUCUCCGCAGAGUUUGGAACUUUUAACCGAGAUUGGAAAGAAAAUAAUAUCUGAAGAUUUCCACUGGAAUGACGAAUUUUGUCCCACUCUAGUUGAUUUUUGUGUAAAAGCAAUCUGCGGUUUUUUUAAAGACCAUCCACUAUUGAAUCAGUUACCAUGUCAAGAUAGACACCAUCUGUUAGAACUAUUACCGACCGAUUUACCUUUGGAAUUAGUUGUUCCUCUUAUUGACGAUGAAAUUUACUGGGAGCGACGUUACAUAGAUAAAUAUAAAAUGCCCUUAACUCGCCGAAAAGCCCACUGGAUUUGGAAACAUAGCUUUAUAGAAAGGUAUAUGCAAGAAGUGAUUGAAGGAGCCGAACCCCAAUAUCAUGAUGAAGAAAAUAUGCAAGACAUAACCCAACUGUGCGCUCCAUUUGUAAAAAAACUUAUCAUCACACAGUUGAAGGCGUGGAAACCCCCGCUCACGUGGGAACCUGAAGACAUUCCAGAAAUAUGGCCUAUCGAACACAUUAAUUUUCAGCAUGUUAUCAGCAAGCUGGAAAAUAUCGAAGAACUGGAUAUCGUUUUUGGAAUGAACAAUCUUUCAGAAGAAAAGUUUUCCUGGAACCUGUUCAAACUUUCGGUGGAAGAUGCGAGGAAUUUGGGAUUAUCAGUUCUCAGUCUACAAAACAUUCACACAUUACGCAUCCAUAGGAGUAGAAUCGAAAAUUUUCACGCCCAGGCUCUCAUGCAAUGCCUACUCCAAAACGAAACUUUAGUUGAACUGGAUCUUUCUCACGAUCAUAUAGGAGACCAUGGGGCAAAAUGUAUUGCCAAACUUAUGACUGUUCAUCCAAAACUAAAUAUUCUCAAACUUACCAACAAUUUCAUUGGACAGGAAGGAGCAGAAGCUAUCGGAUUUGCCUUGUUACAAGAAACAUGUUGCCCUUUAGUCCUUUUGGACAUGAGAUUAAACCCCUUGAAACACGAUGGUGCCAUGGGAAUACUAAGAUCACUAGUUAGAGGAGAGAAACCUAAAGAAUUAAGUCUUGCAAGUUGUGAAAUUGAAGAUGUAACUGCCAUGAGAGUUGGUCAAAUGAUGUGUUUGAAUCAUACUCUGGAGUUUCUGGAUGUGAGUAGCAACUGGCUUGGAGAUGAAGGUGGUGAGGCGAUUCUUCGGUGCUUAAUGAAUAACAGAACAUUAAAAAAUAUAGAUCUCCGAGAAACCUACAUCCCAAAAGAAACUUUGGUACUAAUCCAGAGAUUAUUAAAAAGAAACCAGCUUGGACUGGAAGAAAUAGAUUUAUACGUUACCGAAGAGGAAGAGGAAUGCGAAGAAGAAGAGGAAGAGGAGGAGGAAGAAGAAGUUGCAGUAGAAGAUGAAGAGGAUGAAGAAGACUAAAACCGAAUAAUGCUAAAAAUUACAAUUUUGUAAUAAAGUACUCUCUUAACUAUAGUAUGUUUUGUGGUUUAAAUGUAUGUAUAUGUAUACUGUUUUUAGACUUAUGUGAAUAAUUAUUAUUGUGUCGUGUUGUUAUCAAGUACCUCCUGUUAAUA